CAAGCUCUCUGUCGCCACCUGCAGGAUGGACCGGAAGCAUGAUUAAAGUCCGGAUAUUACGUCACAUUAGCGAGCCUACAGGACUAGCCUAAAAAUGGCUGACCGUAGCGAAGGAUUUUAAUCUACGCUUGUAUAAAUAUCGGUCGUGCUCCACGUCAUGGCCCACGUCCCUCAUGGCGAGUUUCUCCUGGAGCAGCUGAGGAAGCAGAGGGAACGAAGUUUCCUGUGUGACUGCACCGUGGUAAUCGGACAGACUCGCUACCAAGCUCACCAUAAUGUCCUGGCAGCCUUCAGCGAGUAUUUCUCCACACAGAGCGUCGAUGCAGGGAGAGAAAACACCACCGUUACACUGGACCCUGAGUGGGUUAACACCAACAUGUUUGAGAAACUGCUGGAUUACAUGUACACAGGGAACUUAAACAUGGACGGGGAUCAAAUUCCAAAUGUUCAAAGCGCAGCUUCCUACCUCGGGAUGCAGGAAGUUCUGUCUCUCUGUUCCUCGAGAGCUGCUGGUGAAAGCCUUUCCCCUGGAAGGGAAAUGAUCUUCGCAGAUCCUCGUUCUCCACUCAGCCCCGACGACUACGAACCACUGGAACCACUUGAGGAAGUGGAGGAAAGGGAGAUGCUGAGGAAGGAGACCGAGAAUAAAUCGGAGAUCUUUGAAGAAAAAGCAGCUCCGGUUGAUGAAUCCCAGUCGUCCAGCGAACAAACUCCACAAGGCACAGGGAAGCGGAUCCGGAAGCCCAAGACUCGACUUUACGAAGAGGACGACGACUCUACAAAAAAGGAAACCCAGAUUUCGCCGAGAGGACGAGGUCGUGGGAGAGGCAGGCCGAGAGGACGGCCGAGGACGAGACCUUUGGAUUCUGACAAAGUGGAUACUGUGGUGACGGACAAGAGCCCGAUUACUGAGAGCACCGCUGUGCGGAGAGGAACUGGAAGGCCGAGGGGACGUCCACGUACAAGGCCGCUGUCAUCUGAGGCAGUAGAAUCGACCAGUGCUGAAGAAAACACCCCAGUGGCAAAUAAUGAAGAAACGGAAUCUGGAGCAGUGCAGUCUGAACCGCCCGAAUCCACAAAUCCACAAGGAGACGUAGAGGAAGUAAACACAAAUAAUGUGGAGGUAGAAAACAAAACAACGUCUGACGUUGAGGAUUCUAAAGAGGCGAAGGCCGUGAGUCGAGGAAGGGGCCGGCCGAGAACCAAGUCCUUGCCUGCUGAGAGCCCCAGAACCGUGACCCCAGAGCAGACGUUAACACCGAUCACACAGAAAGAAGGAGGAGUGCGUAAGAGAGGCAGACCACGUUCCAAACCCCUGCCAUCUGACAUGCCAGAAUCAGACAACACGGAAGCCGGAACGGAACAGGACGAGGGACCAGAUCAGGAGAAUAGUCAGCCCAAAGCGUCCUCCUCUGAGCCUUCUGACAGCAAACAGGAAUCCCCAGAAAAUGCCAAAAAGCUCCGGACAAGCAACAGGAAACGGAGCAUGAGCCAAAAGCUGAGAGAGAGCCAAGCCAGCAACGACGAAAACGACCAGGAUGAAGCAGCAGAAGAAGAAGGCAGUGAAGAUUGGGAGGAGGAGGAGGAGGGGGAGGAGAAGGACAUGAAGGUGUCUCAAAGCAAGCUGCGGCCCAUCUGUAACAUCUGUGGCAAUCUGUUCUCAGAAAUGAGCAGCCUGCGCAGACACAUGCGCAUACACAAGGGGCUCAAACCGUAUCAGUGCCAGCUGUGUGGACGCUGCUUCAGGCAGGGAAACCAGCUCAAGACACACCUGCGGAUUCACACAGGUGAAAAGCCAUUUUCUUGCAAUCGUUGUGACGCCUCCUUCGCACAGAAAUGUCAGCUGGUGUAUCACUGCCGUAUGCAUCAUGGAGAGGAGAAGCCUCACAAAUGUGACGCGUGUCCUGCAGCUUUCGCUACAUCCAGCAAUCUCAAAAUCCACAUGAGGACACACAGCGGGGAAAAGCCGUAUGAAUGCGGUGAAUGUGGGAAGCGUUUUACUCAGGCGAGUACGCUGAUGUACCACAAGCGCCGGCACACAGGGGAGAAACCCUACGUCUGUGACACAUGUGGCAUGGCCUUUGCUGUCUCCAGCUCCCUCAUUUCUCACACCAGGAAGCACACGGGCGUGACUCCUUACAUCUGCCUGGACUGCGGGAAACCCUGCUUAACAUCUGGCGAGCUCAGGAAGCACAUGGACAUCCAUAAUGGUUCAAGAAGAGUGACCUGUAACAUAUGUGGAAAUACUCUCUCAGAUAUUUAUAGCCUGAAGAAGCACAGAGCUCUAAAACACAAUGCUCCUCCAGAGCAAGAGAGCGAGCAGUUGAAAUCCGAAUCCGUCGAGUGUCCAAUCAACCUCCCGAUUGACCACCAGGGUCUGAUCGCUAGAGUGCGCUCUGUUUUAUCAGAAUCUCCUGAGCCAACCUUCCCAGAUGAAUCACCUCUUCUUCCUGAGGCCUCCAUGAUCAUCCAUCAGCCAGAAACCCCGAUGAUCUUCCAACAUGCUGAUGCUGCAGGAACUCCGAUGAUUAUCCAGCAUUCGAAUGCAGGAGGAACACAAAUGAUCUCAGGAUCACCCAUGAUCAUACAACAUGCUGAGUCCUCAGAUGCUCCAAUGAUCAUCCAGCAUUCGGAAGCAGGAGGAACUCCAAUGAUCAUUCAGCAUUCGGAAGGUUCAGGAACACCGAUGUUUAUCCAGCAUUCUGACGCUUCAGAGACUCCGCUAAUCAUUCAACAUGCUGAUUCCUCAGGAGCACAAAUGAUCUCAGGAUCGCCAAUGAUCAUCCAACAUGCAGAUUCCUCGGAGACCCCCAUGAUCAUCCAGCAUUCAGAAGCUACAGGUUCACCAAUGAUCAUCCAACAUGACGAAUCCUCAGAAACCCCAGUGCUCAUUCAGCACGGAGAUUCCUCUGAACAAGUGAGAUAUGUUGUGGAGCAGUAUGAAAUUCCUGGUUCCUCAGAUAUCGAGCAUGCUCAGAUCGUCAUUGUGCAGACUAUCGAUUGAGAGAGCAGACAUCCGGAGAACAUUUGGUCUCCAUGGCGUAUCUGUAGCAGUACAGUAGUUUUAGAAUAGUUCUGGUCUUUGUAAGAUGGAGACAAUCUUCAGUGAGUUUUGAAAACUGCUGCACCAGGAGGUCAUUUUUAUGUAGAUUUUUAUUUAAGCUUUUCAUUUUUUUUGGAAAAAAAAAAAACAAUUAAAAAAAAAGAUAUGCUGAUCAUGUCCACAAUGCUGUUUUCUUCUGAUCAGUGUGGCUUUUAUAAUCAGAUGGAUUAAACAGUUGCUUUACAAGUAAAAGCAUUUAAUAAGCGCACAGUGGAGGGAAUGCUUACGUUCAUACUUUACUCUUAACCUGAAACUGUGUGAUAUUGCUACUAAAUAGAAUUAUACUCCAUUUGUGUGCUUUGUUUUGGGGUAAAAAUGACACGACAUGAUCUCAGAUCUCUGACUCGGUGUUAUUUUUCAUAAUGUAAUUUUGUGGAUUUUUUUUUUAUAUAAAUUGACUAACUUAAAAAAAGAGGGAAAAAAAGCCGACUUACAUUUUCGAAUAAAUUAAAUCGACUUUGAUGUUAA